GCUGGUCGAAAGUUCCACGCGAGCUGAGCGCAUGAUGUUCUCGUCGUUUGGAAACAACAAUCCUGCCGGGAGCGCGUUCGGCAGUACGCCUCAGCAGCCACAGCAGCAACCAGGGUCAUCUACCUCAGGAAGCGGCCUUUUUGGACCCCUUGGCUCGACGAACAACACCGCGCAGCCAGCAGCCAGCGGCUCCUUGUUUGCGAACGCGAAUCAGCAACAAACGCCUGCUACUGGCUCGCUCUUUGGCAACACGCAGACGACAGGGACGACGGGAGGUCUCUUCGGCAACGCAUCCAAUACUAACGUCCCGAGCAGUGGAAGCCU